UGUCUGUACACCAUCGUGCAGUGUCACGCCACUGUAGGGACUGGGCACACCUUCGGAGUGGGAACUCCAAGGAAUGCCCUUUUCCCUUGUCUCCAACAAAGUCGUCCGCCCAAGACCCUGGAUGUGGUUGCUGCACUCAUCGGGAAAUCAUUUUUUCUAUGGAUUUAAUAAGCAAUCUACCUGCUGUAUGGCAACUGUAUCCUGUUUGCAGAGGCUGUGAAGCUCACCGAGGCAAAGAGGAGAAAUUGACAAGUGGCAGAAGAUGACACAAAACGCAACGUCCAACAUGACCAACUGCAGCCUGCAAGACGUGGACACCCUGAUGACCUCCCUGCGGCUGGUCAUCUACAUCCCCAUCUUCGUGUUCGGGUUCAUCCUCAACGCCAUGGCCCUGGUGGUCUUCUGCUUCCUGCUCAGGAGGUGGACGGAGUCCACCAUCUACAUGACCAACCUGGCGCUGAUGGACCUGCUCCUCCUGGUCGCCCUGCCUUUCAGGAUGGAUGACUCCGAAUGGGCCCCCAACAAGAGGGGGGCCUGCUCCUUUCUGGAGAGCCUGUACUUUGUCAGUGUCUAUGGCAGCAUCUACACCAUCACGUGCAUCAGCGUGGACCGCUACAUAGGGGUCUGCCACCCUUUCCGGGCCCUGCAGCUGCGCUCCCAGCGCAAGGCCCGGACCGUAUGCUUGGCCAUCUGGGUGCUGGUGCUGGCAGCGACCGCGCCCGUCUACAGGUUCCACUCCGACAGCCAGACGAACUUCCGCUGCUUCCACGGGUUCUCGGAGGACGGCUGGCACCCGGCGCUCAUCGCCUGCCUGGAGGUGUUCGGCUUCCUGCUGCCGGCGCUGGUGCUGGUGGCCUGCUCCGUCCGGGUCGUCCGCACCCUGAGCCGCUCCGGGCGGAACCGGAACGGCUCCGAGAGCCGGGCCUCCAUCCGCGUUGUCCACAGCAGCCUGGUUGCCUUCCUGGUGCCCUUCACGCCCAGCCACCUGGCCAUCCUGCUGCAGUUCCUGGUGCGCCGCGGCGUCAUCACCAACUGCAGCCUGCAGGGAAGCAUCAGCCUGUUCGUCCAGCUGGCCAUGAGCCUGGCCAACGUCACCUGCUGCCUGGACGCCGUCUGCUACUACUUCGUCGCCAAGGAGGUCCGCAGCUCCAGAGGCAGCAUCAGCACGUCCCUCAGGCGGCUGAGGAUCACCAGCGCCUCGGAGGACUGUGAGGCGAGGGUCUUCAGCACCGCUUCAGCACCAAACUGA